CCCAUCAGUAUUUGUGCUUCACUUGUGAACAUUGAAAUAACUCCCCGCCCCGUCCCAACCCGCCCUGCUUCACUCUCCUGCCAGCUGUCUCUGGUUUGGCAGCCGGGCUGGCAGCAGAGAGGAGGAGAAGAACGAGGCAGGCCGGAGUAAUGAGGAGGCAGCUCGAGAUUGCUGCUCUUAGUGUGGCCACCACAGGAUGGCUGGCUGCCAUUCUCACACGCUGCCUGGCCCUGUGGAAGGUAAGCGGAACUCUGGACAACACCACAGCCAGCCUGCCUGCCUACUGGGAUGGGGUGUGGCUAGAAUGGGAUCACUGGGACCUGGCCCAUGAUGGCAGCCUGCACUGCACUUUCUACCAGUCCCUGAUGUCUCUUUCUGGAAGUUUUCGCACAUGGAGAGCCCUCAUCAUGGCAGCCAUUGGAGUCGGAGGUUUCGCGGCAGUGAUUGGAGGAGUGGGUCUGGUGUGGUUCCCAUUACGGGGCCAGAUCAAAGUGUUUUCUGGGAGUUCCUUUGUUGUUGCAGGAAUCCUGUUGUUGGUUCCCACAGCAUGGACGUGUCAUCACACAAGCCAACCACUGGAGGGCACUGUGCCACUAAGGAGAGAUUGGGGUCCUGCUCUGUACCUUGGAUGGAUCUCCUUUGCCUUGAUGCUGGUUGGUGGCAUGUUCUUAACCACCAGAUGCCCCACUGCUGGUGGGCAGGAGGGGCAGCCUGAUACAAACCCAGGGGAGGAGUCCAGUAACCCGCUGAGCACCAUCAACAGAACUGCAUUCACAAACAGCCAGUACAAACGCAGAUCAGAACCCAUCUGAGAGGACUGGAGGGUAACAUUUAAUAGACUGUGUGUAAAAAGACUGCAGAACCAAUGAAAAUUAAAAUUAAUGCAAUUAAAUUAUCGGCUCAGGAUAUUGUCUGUUAGCACUUUUCAGAAAUAAAUGCUUAGAACUAAUUUCAAUGAGCAGAGCCACAAGAACUUUAUUAACAGGGGUGUUUUUUUUUUUUUUUUGCUGUGUUUUCUUCCACUUUAACAACCUGAGUGUUUUGAUGCUUAUUUCUAAAAUCCAAUACUACAGUGGAAAAUUACUGUGUUACACUAACAUGUCUGCAUCAGGUGGAUAAUUUCAACACGUUGCAAUGACAGCAAUGUAAACUCCUUAAAACUACUACUGUAUCUGCAGAUUGCACUGAAUCAGAGAUGAUGUGUUUUAAAUGGGAGGGAGGCCUAAAAACUGUUUGAGGAGGGAUUAGGGGAAGAAUUAUUAGUUUUAGAGCAGGAUUACAUACUGCAGACUAAAUAUGUCUGAUCUGGCUGCUCAGACGUUAAUUUCCCCUGCAGUCACACAAAAUACCUGCUGAGAAAUACUCGUUUGUGAGUUCCUCUGUCUCUCACCCCUCCGACUGGGUCAACGGGGCAUCCUAGGACAGAGCAGGCCUUCUGAUGAGCUUCUACUCCAACAAACAACGCUAUAGAAAGCUAGAGGGAGUGAAAAAUGUCUUCAGGAACAACCCCAAAUCCUCAAGUCUCUUCAGCAGGUAGUCUGCUCUAAACCAUCCUGUGAAGAGUGUCAAUGUUGGGGUUCCAAUCCAGCUUAUUGUUCAGGAGAACAUCAAGGUGUUUAUAAGAGUCCACUAUUUCAGUAUCAGUUCCCUGGAAGUUCACUGGUGUCAGUGUGGUGGGUCUGUGGCUGUUGAAAUCCACCACCAGCUCUUUGGUUUUUCCUGCGCUGAUCAGAAGAUUUCAAGAACUGUAAAGAAAUUGUUACUCAUGCUGUGAUUUCUAUUCUUUAUUUCUUUAAAAUAACAUUAAGGACAAGAUCCAUGUGAUCUGAGCAGACUAAUAAACUUAACCUGGACUCUUUACUUUGAUUGGAAAAUCUGCAAAAAGGUGGACAUAUCAGAUGCAGAUAUUUCAUAUCAAAUUAAAAAAGCACUUAUAUAGUCAUCAACUUUAUUUGACCAAAUUUAACACUGAAAGCGAAAGAAGCCUGACACAUCACGAUUCUUUCUUUAUGUUGUACUUUCUGCAUGUAAGGUUUAGCUUUACAAGAAACAAAAUGUCUACAUUUUAAAAUGAGCAUCAUGUGUGAUUUUUUUUCUUUUGGGUGCCUUAGCUUUGUAUGUUAAUCCGACUUCAAAAGAUGCCAAUAAAACCUUUUUCUUUCUCUUUAA